AGUCUUAGUUGUGAUUGAAGAAUCUGAUAUGUGAGUGGUGGAAAGAGAAGGAAGUUAGGUGAUAUGGGGAAAGGAAGAGCUCCAUGUUGUGAUAAGGACAAAGUGAAGAGAGGUCCAUGGAGUCCCCAAGAGGACCUGAGGCUUAUCACUUUCAUUCAGAAAUAUGGCCAUGAAAACUGGAGAGCUCUCCCUAAGCAUGCUGGGCUACUGAGAUGUGGAAAGAGCUGCCGUUUAAGAUGGAUUAAUUACCUGAGACCCAAUGUCAAAAGAGGGAACUUCAGCAAAGAGGAAGAAGAAACUAUAAUAAGGUUACACGAGUCUUUGGGAAACAAGUGGUCCAAAAUUGCUUCACAUUUACCAGGAAGAACAGACAAUGAGAUAAAGAAUGUCUGGAACACUCAUUUGAAAAAGAGAUUGGCUUCAAAGGCUGAGAACAUUCCUCAAAACGGUGAACCUAUGGCCUCCUCAUCAUGCUCUACUGUUACACUUGUGUCGUCAUCGUGUAACGAAAGAAAAAUAGAGGCAUUCGAGGAGCUAAAACCUUUGUCAAGUUCUUCAAUCUCUUCCAGUAACUCCAACGUCACGAAUCCCAUUCGAGUCGAUGCUUUAAAUCCAGAGAAUAAAAGGGGUUCACCGUUCAAUGUCAUAGGAAUUUAUGGUGCAAACAACGCAUCAGAGGAGGUGAACAAGCCGGAUAUCUCCCAUACCGCCAUUGAUGUCCCGUUGGAAUCUGAUUUGGACUUUUGGGACAAGUUGUAUAGCUUAGAAUCAUUCCAGCCUGAUGAGAUUCGAUCAAAUGAAGCUGAAAAUAACAAGUGGUUGCAGUACUUGGAAAUUAAACUUGGCCUGGAAGUAACCAGGAAUGAAAACCAGAACAAAUUGUCAAACAAUGCAGCUGAGCCACAGGUUCCUGAGAUGUAUGACAGGCUACGGAAGCCAUAACCUGAUAUUGAGCGUAUGUCGUUGUCACAUUAUGGCCCUCUUCAUAGAACAGUUCUGCUAUCCGAAUCAAAUAGAAAACAGUAGUAGUUCAUAAGGGACUUUCCUAGUGUUUUGACUAUGCUCUCGUUAUGAAUUUAGUCGGUUUCCCUAACUUGGUCACUUUAAUUAGGCCUUUUUAGAUGUAUAGUUGAUAAAAUAAAAAUAUCCAUCUCAUCAUUUUCUUUUUUCAAACAGUCCAUUGUUGAUUAAAUCAUAUA